GAUUCCGGGUGCUGAGGUGGACGGUGCUGACGUGGAUGGUGCCACGUCGGAUCUAGGUCGUUGUAGAGGUAGCGAGCGAGGGGAAAGAGGGGACAGUUUGUUGGCUGUGGCGCUCUCUCUCUCGCUCCCUCUCGUGUCAGUUUUUAGGGUUUUCUCGUCGCGCGCUCUCUCGCUCGCUCUCUCGCUCUCUCGCUCGCGCGCGCGCGCUACUGCUCGUGGCCACAACAAUGUCAGAGAAGAUCGUGGAGAAGUCGGCCGUGUUGGAGCGCAAGGCAAUCAUCAAGAAUGCGGACAUGACCGAGGAUAUGCAGCAAGACUCCAUCGAAUGCGCGUCCCAGGCCCUGGACAAGUACAAUGUGGAGAAGGACAUUGCGGCCUACAUCAAGAAGGAAUUCGAUAAAAAGUAUAACCCGACAUGGCAUUGCAUCGUCGGCCGCAACUUUGGAUCAUACGUGACUCACGAGACCAAGCACUUCAUCUACUUCUACUUGGGCCAAGUCGCAGUGCUGCUCUUCAAGUCGGGCUGAUCGAUCAUGAUCACUCGAUCACCCACACACACACACUCUACUAUAUGGAUUGAGCAGCAUCAAUAUCGCAUCCCUUUGUUUCUACUUCUUGACAA